UCACUCAUGAGUUACUUUAAUAUUUACUAUAAUAAUAUACAGAAGUUUGAAGCAUCUUGCUUCAACCCUGCUUCAUCCUCCAGUGCAGCAGGGGGAUUUAAUGCAGCUCCUCAUCUGCUUCACAACCCGACAAUAAAGCACAGAACAAGGAAGCUUCAGCAGCUGAUCUGUUUGUACUAAACUCACUCAUAUACGACCUUUAAUAAUGGAAGCAGCAGAUGUUGGAAAUGUUGCUCCUGUGGAUUUGCAGAUUAUAACAAUUAAGAAGGAAGAAGAUGACGAUGAAGGUUACCUCUAUGGAGGAACAUUCAACUCUGUGGAACACUGUAACCCUGAGGGGGGACACGCUGCUCCAGUGGACCAACAGCCUGAAGGUUUCAUGAAAAAGACUAUAAAAGAAGAAGAUCCUGAAGAUGACGACAACAAAUUGGACGACGAUUUCUUCUGCUCCUUGUGUCCGUUUUCCUGUUCGGCCCAGAUUUAUCUCUACAAGCACAUGAAGAGUUGUCACAACGGCAAAAACGAGACGCUUAUUAAAUCUGAAGAGAAUGAAGGUAAAAUUACGAGUGAUCAGCAAACCUCCUCUGAUCCUCUCAGCAUGAGCACUUCUCAUCAACACAAGCAGAAAGAAUUUAACUGCUCAGAUUGUGGAAAGAGCUUCAAGCGGCAGGGUGAUCUCAAAGUUCACCAGCGCAUUCACACCGGAGAAAGACCUUACUGCUGCUCACAGUGUGGAAAGUCCUUUAAAAAACGGGAUCAUCUCAAAAUCCACCAGUACAUUCACACUGGAGAGAGACCAUAUUGCUGUACUGAGUGUGGAAAGUGUUUCAAUCAUCACACUCAUCUCAGAAUUCACCAGCGCAUUCACACUGGAGAGAAACCUUUUUGCUGUACAGAGUGUGGAAAAGCUUUCAAGCAACAGUGUCAGCUAAAAAAACACCAGCGCAUUCACACUGGAGAGAGACCGUAUCAGUGCUCGGAGUGUAAGAAAUGUUUCUCUCGACAGUGUCACCUCAAGACACACCAGCUCACUCACACCGGAGAGAAACCAUUUUCCUGCUCACUGUGUGGGAAGGGUUUCAAUCGACAUAAUCGUCUUAAAAUACACCAGCGCACUCACACCGGAGAGAAACCGUUUUCAUGCACACAGUGCGGCAAGAGUUUUAAUCAACAAUAUGAUCUUAAAGUGCACCAGCGCACUCACACCGGAGAGAAACCCUAUUUCUGCACACAGUGCGGGAAGUGUUUUAAUUACCAGAGUCAUCUUAAAGUUCACCAGCACAUUCACACCAGAGAGAAACUGCCUCAGACCAACCCGUCCAAAACCUGCUUUACCACUGCUGAAAAGACAGCAGGGGAAUUUAUUUCUCGUCCAGAACCUUUAAUAAUGGAAGCAGCAGAUGUUGGAAAUGUUGCUCCUGUGGAUUUACAGAUUAAAACAAUUAAGAAGGAAGAAGAUGAAGAUGAAGGUUACCUCUAUGGAGGAACAUUCAACUCUGUGGAACACUGUAACCCUGAGGGGGGACACGCUGCUCCAGUGGACCAACAGGCUGAAGGUUUUAUGAAAAAGACUAUAAAAGAAGAAGAUCCUGAAGACGACGACAACAUAACGAACGAUGAUUUCUGCUGCUACUUGUGUCCAUUUUCCUGUUCGGCCCAGAUUUACCUCUACAAGCACAUGAAGAGUUGUCACAUCACCAAAAACGAGACGCUUAUUAAAUCUGAAGAGGAUGAAGGUAAAAAUCCCAGUGAUCAGCAAACCUCCUCUGAUCCUCUCAGCAUGAGCACUUCUCAUCAACACAAGCAGAAGGAAAUUAACUGCUCAGAUUGUGGAAGGAGCUUUAGGUGGAAGAGUGCGCUCAAAAUCCACCAGCGCAUUCACACCGGAGAAAGACCGUACUGCUGCUCACAGUGUGGAAAGUCCUUUAAUAAACCGGAUCAUCUCAAACUGCACCAGCGCAUUCACACUGGAGAGAGACCAUAUUGCUGUACACAGUGUGGAAAGUGUUUUAGUCAUCACACUCAUCUCAAAAAUCACCUGCGCAUUCACACUGGAGAGAAACCUUAUUGCUGUACAGAGUGUGGUCAAACUUUUGCUCAACACUCUCAACUAAAAAAACACCGAUUCAUUCACACUGGAGCGAGACCGUAUUGCUGUACAGAGUGUGGAAAAGAUUUUAUGCAACAGUAUGAACUAAAAACACACCAGCGCAUUCACACUGGAGAGAGACCGUAUCAGUGCUCAGAGUGUAAGAAAUGUUACUUUCGACAGUUUCAUCUUGAAAGACACCAGCUCACUCACACCGGAGAGAGACCGUUUUCCUGCACGCAGUGUGGGAAGAGUUUCAAUCAACAAUAUAGUCUUAAAAUCCACCAGCGCAUUCACACUGGAAAAAAAUCUUUUUCCUGCACACAGUGUGGGAAGAGUUUUAAUCAACAAUAUCACCUUAAAGUUCACCAGCGCACUCACACAGGAAAAAAAACAUUUUUCUGCGCACAGUGCGGGAGGACUUUUAGUGAUAGGAGUUCUUUUAUAAGACAUCAGCGCAUUCACAACAGAGAGAAGCUCAGAGUGCGGGAAGAGGUUUAUUUACUACAGUCGUCUUAAAAAAGAGGCACCAGCGCAUUCACACUAGAGAGAAACUGCCUCAGUGAUCACAGUAUGGGAAGAACUGUAAUCGUCAUCCUCUUAAAAUCCACCAGCACAUUCACACUGGAGAGAAACACAACAGUGCACGAUAUCAGAACCUCUGAAUUGUACCAAAUGAAUAUUGAUCACGUUAGCAUGUGUUAACGACAAAUCCAAACGAAAUGAUGCAGUAAUUACAGCUAAAGAUUUAAAUCAGGUAACUAGUCAGUAAUUCUAGUUUUCCAUUCUUGUAUUAACCUCCAGUACUGUUGCUUUUUCUUUUUACCUUUUACAUGAAUGUUGUAAGUUAAAAUGUGUAAAUAAAGCUGGAAAGGUUUUUGUUUGUUUUUAAUUGGGUUGGAUUUCAGGCUGUGUGACGUAAUAAAGCUUCAUUUCUGAUUGCAUAACUUAUUUUUUCUAUGUUUUUUAUGUUUC